AUGGAAAAUGAUAUUCACCAACAGUUACGGGAAAAUGAAAAGUUGCUGGAACAACUACAACAAUACAGGAAAAUAUCAGGCCCAAACAACCCUCCAAAUAAUGAAGGCGCUGAUGCAAACAAUGAAAAUGAUGGUGUGGUAAUACGAAAUCUUAACCUGCCCAAGGUGAAAAAUUCAGAUGAUACCGUGUUACCAGUGUUAAUGAUAGCCUGUGAUAGAGUACAGGUUAGCCGAAGUUUGGAACAAUUGAUUAAAUACAGAAAAGAUCAGCAAAAAUUUCCAAUUAUUGUUAGUCAGGACUGUGGUCAUGAAAAGACUUCAAAAACAAUUGACAGGUAUAAGGACCAAGUCACGCAUAUCAAGCACCCCGACCUGAGUGAUAUCAGUUUACCAUGGCCACAGACCAAAUUCCAAGGUUAUUAUAAAGUCGCUCGGCAUUAUCGGUGGGCACUCAAUCAAGUAUUCCGCAAGCUCAAUUUUUCAGCUGUGAUAAUUGUUGAAGAUGAUCUUGAUAUUUCUCCUGAUUUUUUUGAAUACUUUGCUGCCACUUACCCCAUCCUGAAGGCUGAUCCCGUCUUGUGGUGUGUAUCUGCCUGGAAUGAUAAUGGCAAAGCAGGAAUGGUCUCAGAUGAUGCUGAGUUAUUGUACAGAACAGACUUCUUCCCUGGCCUUGGCUGGAUGAUGGAGCAAAAAACAUGGUUAGAAUUGGAACCAAAAUGGCCAAAAACAUUUUGGGAUGAUUGGAUGCGUCAUCCAGAACAGAGGAAAAAUAGGGUCUGUAUCAGACCAGAAAUCUGUCGGACAAGCACCUUUGGAAAGCAAGGUGUGAGCAAGGGUCAGUUCUUUGAGAAGCAUCUGAAAUACAUCAAACUCAAUACAAUGUAUGUGCCUUUCACCAAGAAAGAUCUUUCUUAUCUCCUUAAGGAUACAACACUAUCAAUCUAUCUAUACAAGUUUCUUCAUAUCUAUCUAUCUAUCUAUCUAUCCCAGGCUCUUCAAUAUCUAUCUAUCUAUCUAUCUAUCUAUCUCAGGCUCUUCAUUAUCUAUCUAUCUAUCUAUCCCAUCAUUGUCCGUUAUUAUUUUGUUUGUUUUUUUUUUCAUUUCUUGCAGGAAAGAUACGAUGUUGCAUUUGUAAAACAAAUCUACAGCUGCAUAUUAGUCACUGCAACAGACGUGGUGAACGGCGUUGGCAAAAAAGAAAAAUGCCUCCGGGUGCAAUACAGUUCCAAAGAAGAGUUCAAAACGUUCGCCAAGCAACUUGGAACAAUGGAUGACCUCAAGGCUGGUGUUCCUCGAGGUGGCUACCGUGGCGUUGUGAGUAUCAUGUACCAAGGUCGACGUGUUUACUUGGCACCCCCAGAGACAUGGUCAGGGUAUGAUCCAACCUGGAACUAA